AUGAGGAGGCACGUUGGAUUAGGUGGGAUUACAUGUGAAGAAGCGUCACUUGGGAAAGAUGAUAAGAAAGAUAAUGACGAUGGAUUUUAUAUAAGGAGGUGUCUGGAGCUUGCUAGAAAAGCUAUUGGGCAUACUACCCCUAAUCCCAUGGUUGGUUGUGUUAUCAUUAAAGAUGGGAAAAUCAUUGGUGAAGGAUUUCAUCCCAAAGCUGGGCAACCUCAUGCUGAGGUUUUUGCUUUAAGGGAUGCUGGGGAAUUGGCAGAGAACUCAACUGCAUAUGUGAGUUUAGAACCAUGUAAUCACUUUGGAAGAACUCCUCCAUGUUCUGAAGCACUAAUCAAAGCAAAAGUGAAAAAAAUGGUGGUGGGAAUGGUUGAUCUGAAUCCAAUUGUAGCCUCAAGGGGCGUUGCUAAAUUACAAGAUGCAGGAAUUGAUGUAACAGUUGGUGUUGAAGAAGAACUCUGCAAAAAGUUUAAUGAGGCAUGGAUACAUCAAAUGAAAACUGGGAACCCUUUUGUUACCUUAAGAUCAGAUGUUGAUCCUAGGAAUAAAAAGGAGAAAGAGAUUGAUGGCAAUGUAGUGUUGUCUGGUGGUGAAAAUAAGAAAAACAAUAAAAAUAGAUUUGAUGUUUUAGGAUCGAUUGAAGAGAAUAUUUUUGAAAAAAUGGAUGAGGAUUCUGUGACUGCUGGGCAGGGUAUUCCGGGCAUUCCUGGUGAUACUGUCAUGGAUCCUUGUAUUUCAGAUCAGAUGCUUGUUGUUUCUAAUCUGAAUAGUGAGAAGUGUGGGGUUGGUAACAGUACAGUGGGUGUUAUGCCUCAAGCUUUUGAGAAGUGUGGGUCUAAAAUGCUUCAACUGAAUGAAGUUGAUGCUUGA